CCAGAGCGGUGUGAACAACAUCAGUGCUUUUCGUUUUUUUUUCUCCCUUUGCAGAAAGCCGUGCUUUUAGUUACUUAUACCAUUACCAACACUACCACUAGCAGCGGCGACGACAACCUUUCUACUCGACUCAUUCUCCCAUAUUUUACCCCUUUUUACUGUGUCUACCGUUAAUACAACGUGCUUUCCUAACCACUCCCACUUCCCGCUGCUGCUGCGUCGCCGUCGUCGAGGAUGGGAAACUGUGGCACUAGAGAGGAAUCUGCUGUUGUUUCCAAUGCUCAAGUUCAGCAGCAGCCUCAAGUGCUGUUGGCAGCCGCCAUUAAAAGCGUGGACAGAAAACCUUAUCAUCUCCACAAUCGGUCUAUCUCAGAUCUGAGCGAUCCUUCUUCUACACCCCGCAACUUCGAUGACUCCGCCACUGCCAGCAACAACUCCCUCCUUUACACCCACGUCAUCUCCUUCACUCUCUUCGAGCUUGAGACCAUUACCAAGAGUUUCCGCUCCGACUACAUCCUCGGCGAAGGUGGAUUUGGCACCGUCUACAAAGGCUACAUUGACGAGAAUGUUCGUGUUGGCCUCAAAUCUCUACCCGUUGCUGUCAAGGUUCUCAACAAGGAGGGUCUGCAGGGGCAUCGUGAGUGGCUCACGGAGGUCAAUUUUCUUGGUAAACUUCGGCACCCUAAUCUCGUUAAGCUGAUUGGAUACUGUUGCGAGGAUGAUCACCGCUUGCUUGUUUAUGAGUUCAUGUUCCGUGGAAGCCUUGAGAAUCACCUCUUUAGAACUAGUGAGGGGCGGCAUUCAGAGGCAGCAGUUCCGUUAUCUUGGGCGACCAGAAUGAUGAUUGCUCUAGGAGCCGCCAAAGGCCUUGCUUUCUUGCAUAAUUCCGAGAGGCCAGUUAUAUACAGAGACUUCAAAACCUCUAAUAUACUAUUGGACUCGGAUUAUACAGCCAAACUUUCUGAUUUUGGGCUUGCAAAAGCUGGACCACAAGGUGAUGAAACCCAUGUAUCCACUCGAGUCAUGGGCACUUAUGGCUAUGCUGCCCCCGAGUAUGUAAUGACAGGUCACCUGACUGCAAGAAGUGACGUAUACAGCUUUGGGGUAGUUCUACUGGAACUGUUGACGGGAAGGAAGUCAGUUGACAAGACUAGACCGAGCAAGGAGCAGAGCUUGGUGGAUUGGGCUCGUCCAAAGUUGAAUGAUAAGAGAAAGCUGCUUCAAAUAAUUGAUCCAAGACUGGAGAGCCAAUAUUCAGUAAGGGCAGCACAGAAAGCUUGCAGCUUGGCAUAUUAUUGCCUGAGCCAGAACCCGAAGGCAAGACCCUUGAUGAGCGAUGUGGUGGAGACUCUCGAACCCCUACAGUGCAGCAAUGAUGGGACCAAUGAAUUGUCAUCGUCAUCCUUAAAGGGAAGCAGCCUGACAAUUGGUGGUGCCCAUAGUGCAUUUGGGAUGGCUGAUUCUCAUCGAACACGCCGUAGAUAUGCCAACAACUUUGGUCCUGGUUCCAGUUGUCGGUCUCCUAGCCCAAAUUGUGCACCAGGAGGCCCUGCUACUUGCAGGGUCAGGUGAGCCAUUUGUGUCCUGUAUGUAUGUACGUCUCUCAUCUCUCUCGUGUGCCUUUCUCCUACCCAAACCCUCCAACUAAGCGUUAAAAGGAAAGUUAUAAACUAGUGGCAUUUCAUCUCAAUUUUGUUUGUGUAGCUCUGUACAUUCCAUCAAUUCAAUCAUCGUUAUCAUGACACAGGUACUGGCCUGAUCUGAGCCAUCGCUCUAAUCGCGACUUUUUUUAGUAGUAGAGCAGUGUUUGGUGCAUGUCUUCCUUGAACAACUGUUGUAGCUUAGCAAUUUUUUCAAAAAAU